GCUCAUAGCCGAGUAACGUCCCAACUUCCAAGUCAGAAGUUUGAUUCGUUGACAGUAGCAGAAAAAAAGAGAGGAGGAGAAUUGUUUUGUAGCUGUCCGUGGAUUGGGUUUCUGGUUUUACUGCCAAAUUUAGUGAAAAGCAUAACAAAAAUGACACGGAUUCCGGUAGACAAUUCGAAGGAGAAACAUAUUUUGUGCACCUUUUCUUCUUCUCUCAACAUCUUCGUCUGCUAUCAGCGCCGGCCUCUCUGGCUCGGUAGAGGUGGCGGAGGAUUCUUCAAGUCAAUUUUGAAACACGACAACACCCAUUUAAAUUCAAAUGGCUUUUAUACGAUCUGGGUCCAAAUCGGAACAGAACAAUGGGAUCGUAGCAAUUGCAAUCGACAGAGAUAAGAGCAGCCAAUUUGCGGUCAAAUGGGCUGCCCAGAACCUCUUGAACAAGUCCUCUGAAUGCGUACUCAUCCACGUUCGUUGCCAGAGCUUGCACCCGCAGGAUAUUGAAGCUGUCCCUAAAGAAGGUCGCCCACCAACUGAGCAAGAGUUGCAGCUUUUCUUCCUUCCGUACAGAGGAUUCUGUGCUCGAAAAGGAAUUCAAGCAAAGGAGGUGGUCCUCCAUGACAUCGAUGUUCCAAGUGCCCUCAUUGAUUAUAUCAGUAACAACUCAGUUGGCACUAUUGUUGUGGGUGCUUCCAACCGGAAUGUUCUCACAAGGAAAUUUAGAAAUCCAGAUGUUCCAAGCAGCUUACUCAAAUCUGCACCAGAUUCAUGUGCAGUAUACGUUAUAUCAAAAGGGAAAGUUUAUACGUCCCGAACUGCAAGUCAACCUCAAACUCCUAGUCAAGCUACUCCCACAAAACAAAUACAACAGGAAUUUGCUUCCAUUCUUUCUAAUGAUGUCCCGAAGGCUGAAGAUUCUUCCAGAACCACCUCUAGCCAAGGAAGUUGGAAAAGUGAAGGCUCUGACAGAAUAUCGAUCGAUAGAGGCAGUGACAUCAUGCAGAUGAUGCCUGGUGGAAAUUCCCUAUUCAGCGACAGAACUUCAAAAACACCAUCAAUGGACAGUCACUCAUCAGAAUUGUUCAAUAGAAGUUUCCCAUCAGAGAGUAGCGAUUUUUCAGAGCCCUUAAGUUUCAGGUCAACUGAUGUGUCCUUCGAAAAUUUAGAAUACUCCAUUGCAUCAGGAAGUUCCGUGAGCUCUUCCUCACAAACCCCAAAAGCUUUGGACUCGGAAAUGAGGAGGUUAAGGCUCGAACUGAAGAAGUCCAUGGAAAUGUACAAUUCAGUCUGCAAAGAAGCUGUUAUGGCAAAACAGAAGGCAAGUGAGCUUGAGCAUCUGAAGACAGAAAAAGCACGAAGGAUGGAGGAAGCAAAGCUUGCUGAAGAGGCUGCAUGGGCUGUGGCAGAGGUUGAGAAGCAAAAAGCAAAGGCUGCGGUAGAAGCAGCACAGAUGGCACAACGACUAGCAGAAAUGGAAGCCCAAAAGAGAAAGAACGCGGAAAUGCGGGCCAAGCUUGAGGCAGAAGAGAGAAAGAGGGCAAUGGAAGCAUUUGCAGCACAUAGUGGUCGGUAUAGAAAGUACACCAUUGAAGAGAUUGAAGUUGGAACAAAUUACUUUGCAAACUCUCGGAAGAUUGGCGAAGGUGGUUACGGACCUGUUUACAGAGGAGUAAUUAAUCACAUUGAAGUUGCUGUUAAGAUCUUGAGACCAGACUUAUCACAAGGGCAGAAGCAAUUCCGGCAAGAGGUUGAAGUUUUAAGUUGCAUAAGACAUCCACACAUGGUAAUCCUCCUAGGUGCCUGUCCAGAGUAUGGGUGCCUCGUAUACGAGUACAUGGACAAUGGCAGUUUAGAAGACAGGCUCUUCCGCAAGAAUAAUACACCCUCUAUUCCAUGGAAAAUCCGCUUCAAAAUAGCAGCUGAAAUCGCCACUGCCCUUCUUUACCUUCAUCACACAAAACCAGAACCCCUUGUGCAUCGUGAUCUCAAGCCAGCAAAUAUUCUCCUGGACCGACAUUAUGUGAGCAAGAUUGGUGAUGUUGGUUUGGCCAGGUUGGUUCCACCAUCUGUGGCUGAUUCUGUCACUCAAUAUCACAUGACAGCUGCAGCUGGUACAUUUUGUUACAUUGACCCAGAGUACCAACAAACAGGAAUGCUGGGUGUAAAAUCAGAUUUAUAUUCACUAGGCAUAAUGCUGCUACAAAUAAUUACGGCAAAGUCUCCGAUGGGUCUAUCCCACCAAGUUGAGGAAGCCAUUGAGAAAGGAACAUUUGCAGAAAUGCUUGAUCCGAUGGUACCAGAUUGGCCAGUUGAAGAGGCUUUAUCAUUCGCUAAAGUGGCUCUACAGUGCUGUGAACUAAGGAAAAGGGACAGGCCAGAUCUUGCUACGGUUGUGUUGCCAGAGCUGAACAGGUUAAGAGAACUUGGAUCAGAAGGUGAAGGCAAUAACAAAAUUCUUUGGGCAGCACCACCACGCCCGUAUAAGUCAGUUCCACAAUUGAAUGCUCGUCAUGCAAGCCAGAUCAAUGUAAGGAAAGGAUGGCAGCGCUUCAAGUAUCUAACCAAAGUGUGGAGCUUCAAGAACAAUACAAGGAAAGCGACAUCACUUACAGGUAGGGAAAUACAUGUUGGAAAACCAAACAAGAUGCAAUUUGAAGGUUGUUGGUCCUUUGUUGGCUGUUCAGCGGCUUCAGCUCAUUCAAACUCAAGAAGAUACAAGUCGUUUUCAUGAAAACGUGAAUAAGUUCUUACAGUUUGUGUUCAUUCUUUUGAUUUUAUUUUUUCUUCCCGAGAUGUAAAGAUUAAUCUUCCCAGUAUGUGGAUAGACCCCUACAUUGUGCUUUAUUCAUAUGAAUACAAAUGUGGAUAAUCAAGUUUCAAUUCUGAAUUCUAUGGCUUUAGGGAACAAAUAUAGUCAGUCUGAUUAAUACUCGAGCUAAGAAUUAUGAUUGCUGAUUAAGCCAGAAAUAUCUUCAUGAAAGUGUUCAUGUUUAUUCAUUCAGUUCUAUUAGGUAUUUUAUAGAACAAAACUUGAAUGAUGACACUCAAGCAGUGAAAAUACUGGGUAAAGUCACAGGUUCAUAAACUUAGGAUCGAACUCUCCAUGAGAUUCAUAGUUGCAUUACUGACACAGUUAAUUUUUUCGCUUGAGCUUGCCCUGAUGAUUGGCCAUGGAAACUAGACCAGUUAGUGAAAGAUGAAACAAUUGGACUCCAACAGUCAAACACCAUGUAAAAGAUGAAACGCGAUACGUAAUUUGGUGAAAGUAUCAC